AUGUUUGCAAAGGAGAAUUUAGGGCUAGCACUGAUCCAAGAACCCUGGACCUACAAAGGUCAGGUAAGAGGUCUAAUUAGUAGUAACUCUGAUUUAAUAUGGGACACGAGGCACGACUCGCCCAGAGCUUGCAUACAAAUAAGAAAUAAUAUAAAAUUUAUAUGUCUUUCAGAAUUUAUGACGAGGGAUCUGGUACCGAUCCAGACCCAAAUUGAGUGUGAUGGUAUACCUCAAACGAUUGUUGUUGCGGCGGUUUACUUCCCAGGUGACGAAGACAACAUUCCACCGAUGGAGGUACAACGGUUGGUCGAUUACUGCAAAAGUAACAAACUGCCAUUGCUUGUGGGUUGCGACGCAAAUGCGCAUCACACAGCAUGGGGUAGUACCGACAUAAACAGAAGGGGUGAGUACCUUUUAGAUUUUAUUUUGGAAAAAUGUCUAGAUGUUUAUAAUGUGGGCAACACUCCCACUUUCGUAACUAGAAUUAGAGAAGAAGUCCUAGACAUAACGUUUGGAACUUCUAACUUAGGUCGGCUGGUAGAAGGUUGGAGAGUAUCCAAUGAACCUUCCCUGUCUGAUCAUAGAAUAAUUACAUUCUCAAUAACACGCCUUCUCACAGAGAACACCUCUGGAAGGAACCCUAAGAAAACCGACUGGAAUCUUUAUAAGAGUGUGGUACAAAUCAAUCUUGAAAGAAUCGGUCCGGCUAGAACGACUAAAAGUCACCUUGAACUUAGUGGAGCAAUCAAUGAGGCAUUUGAACUCAGUUGUCCCAUUAAACCAAUCAAAAGUCAGAAAGAUGCUCCUUGGUGGAGCAAAAAUAUGUCGAAACAAAGAUCAAAGGUACGUAAACUGUUCAAUGAGGCAAAAAGAACUGGGGAGUUGGAAGGUUAUACGGCAGAGUUGACAAUUUACAGCAAAGAAAUCAAAAAAGCAAAAAGAAAUAGUUUUGUGAGUUUUUGUGAAAAUACUACCGCUACUCCAGCUGCAGCGAGACUACGCAAGGUUCUAGCGAAAGACAAAACUAUAAAGUCGCUAGCGCUUAGAUACAAUGAUGGUAGCUUUACUGAAAAUGAAGAACAAAGGUCGACUCUGCUACUUAACACUCACUUCCCAGGAUCGCUUCCAAUGACAGGAAAUGUUAUAGAAAGUACAACUUUCAAACCUAACAAAACAGACUGGAAGACAGACUACAGCUAUCUGUUCAGGCAAAAGAAUUGA